UCGUCUCUAUCAGAAGCUAGCAGGACGCGUGUUUCUCUCUCUUCUCUCAACAAUGGCUCCUCGAUCGAUCUAGGGUUUUGGAUUUCCACAAUUCUCUCUGCUUUGUCCUUUCCACGGUGCCAUUUUUUCACGGAUCCCAAAUCUCAUUGGAAAAUGGGGCAGGACGGCUUCACGACCCAGAAGCGUACCUCCUCCGGCGCCGGCGCGGCUGGUCUUCCGACAACGACGGCGAACGGAGGCGGUGGACGGAGGUUACAACGUGGCAAGCAGAUCCAGAAGACGUUCAACAACAUCAAGAUCACCAUCCUCUGCGGCUUCGUCACCAUCCUCGUCCUUCGCGGCACCAUAGGCAUAAACCUCGGAAGCCCCGAAGCCGACGCCGUCAACCAGAACCUCAUCGAGGAGACCAAUCGGAUUCUUUCGGAGAUCCGAUCCGACUCGGAUCCCACCGACCCCGACGAGCCGACCGAGUCGGAUCUCAAUCUCAACAUGACCUACACUCUCGGACCAAAGAUCACAAACUGGGACGAACAACGCAAGGUAUGGCUAUCGCAAAACCCGGAGUUUCCUAACGUUGUCAAUGGCAAACCUAGGAUUUUGCUCCUGACAGGAUCGCCACCGAAACCUUGUGACAACCCCAUUGGCGAUCAUUACCUUUUGAAGUCGGUUAAGAACAAGAUUGAUUACUGUAGGCUUCACGGGAUCGAGAUUGUGUAUAACAUGGCUCAUUUGGACAAGGAGCUUGCUGGGUAUUGGGCGAAACUUCCAAUGCUCAGGAGAUUGAUGUUGUCUCACCCUGAAGUGGAAUGGAUUUGGUGGAUGGACAGUGAUGCAUUGUUCACGGACAUGGUGUUUGAGAUUCCCUUGUCCAAGUAUGAGAAACAUAACUUGGUUAUCCAUGGUUAUCCGGAUUUGUUGUUCGAACAGAAGUCUUGGAUUGCUUUGAACACAGGGAGUUUCUUGUUUAGAAACUGUCAAUGGUCUUUGGAUUUGUUGGAUGCUUGGGCGCCAAUGGGACCAAAGGGUCCAAUCCGUGAGGAAGCGGGGAGAAUUCUCACGGCGAAUCUGAAGGGAAGGCCGGCAUUCGAGGCAGACGAUCAAUCCGCCUUGAUAUAUCUGCUGCUUUCCCAGAAAGAUCAAUGGAUGGACAAAGUCUUUGUGGAGAAUCAGUACUAUCUGCAUGGGUUUUGGGAAGGAUUGGUGGAUAGAUACGAGGAAAUGAUGGAGAAGUACCACCCGGGAUUGGGAGAUGGGAGAUGGCCCUUUGUGACACACUUUGUCGGGUGCAAGCCAUGUGGAAGCUAUGCAGAUUACGCGGUGGAACGCUGCCUGAAGAGCAUGGAGAGAGCGUUUAACUUUGCCGAUAAUCAAGUGCUUAAGCUUUACGGGUUUGGUCACAGAGGAUUGUUGAGCCCCAAGAUCAAGAGGAUCAGGAACGAGACAACCGCCCCAUUGGAGUAUGUAAACAGGUUUGAUAUACGCAGAACAACGCCCGACAAGAUUGGGGCUCAGACAUAGCAGCUGGAACCGAAAUGGCUCCAGACAGUUUGAUUAUAUAGAUCUCUCCCCCUUUCUUUUGGAUUUCUUGCCCUUGGAUUCAACUUCAUGAACAAAGACAAAUGAUGAGUAGAUUCUUUUGUUAAUUGGUCCUUCAUGUUACAUUGGUGUAAUGUACCCUUUUACUACAAAGCGAAACCUCUUCUGCUGUUUAUAAUAUACCAAAGGGAAGGAAGAUGUUUGGAUUUCA